CAGUGCAGUAAAUAGAGCUGCACAGUUCCUGCAGACGCCAUUUCCUGUUGUAGCUCGCUGCUUCAUACGCGUUGUGUGUGCACACGGUCUUUGGCCUGACAGACGAGUGCUGAAAUGGUAAAAAUCUUUGUUGGCAACCUUUCCCAAAACACAACUACAGAAGAGCUGCGCUCCUUGUUCUCUCAGUAUGGUAAAAUAACAGAGUGUGACAUCCUAAAAAACUUUGGCUUUGUCCACAUGGAAAGCAAAGCCGAAGCUGAGGAAGCCAUUCGCAACCUCCAUCAUUACACGCUUAAUGGUCUUGCUAUGAAUGUGGAGAUGAGCCGAGGAAAGCCCAAAGCCUCCACCAAACUCCAUGUGGGCAAUAUUAGCAGUUGCUGUUCUAACCAGGAGCUGCGGGCCAAGUUCGAGGAAUAUGGGCCUGUAGUUGAGUGUGACAUAGUUAAGGACUAUGCCUUUGUUCACAUGGAAAGAGUGGAGGACGCAAUGCAGGCCAUCCGAGGCCUCGACAACACAGCCUUUCAAGGCAAACUGAUGAGCGUGAAGCUUUCGACUAGCCGCCUGCGUACAGCGCCGGGAAUGGGUGACAGAACAGGUUGUUAUCGGUGCGGGCAGGAGGGCCACUGGUCCAAAGAAUGCCCCCUGGACCAGAAUGGUUCAUAUCGCGAAGCACAGGGCACAGAGGCAUACGAUGGCUCCCGGUAUGUGGCGCGCAGUGCUGGUCACGGUCUCCAGCGGGGCUUCAGUGGUGAACCAAACUUUAGCAGUAGCUAUGUGCCAGCACACGACUUCACCCAGAGUGGCAGUUAUGGGAAUCCCGGGUAUGGCAGUAACAUGGGCACAGGGUAUAACGGUGCGAUAAGUUACGGUGUUGCCGCGGGCUAUAGCAUGGGGGUGGCGUACGGAAAUGAGUCUGCGUACAGCAGUGGUAGCGUUGGCUAUGGCGAUGCAGUGUCUGGCUAUCCUGUGCGUCGGGCGUCCUACGAUGAGCGGGAUCCGUACGGCGUCGUGGACUACUACGAGAAGUUCCGUGCCCGUCCGUAUGAGAGUGGUUAUUUUGACGACAGACAAGUCUCAGUCCCAGUUCCUGGCCCUCCGCCACCUCCUCCUCCCCCCCCUAUGUCCUCGCCCGUUAGCACCGAGCGCGUGUCCUCGUCUAGCUUCGACAUGUAUGAGCGCAACCCCUUUGCCACCUCAGCUUCUGCUUCUUCGUACUACAGCCGUGAUAGGAGCCCGAUACGCCGACUUCCGCUCGAGACGCAAGGAUUAGCAUACGACCGUGCGUCCAUCACCCCCGUGUCUUCACUUUCCCGGAGCACUGUGUAUGACAUACCACGGGAUCCUUACACCGACAGGUCGCGCUACACCUAUUAACCUAGCUCCUGCUCGUGAUUCUUGCAGACUGUCUAGUACAGUGGAUGUUCAUCAAGUUUUUGAUGGUUCUGGACUUUCAGGCGUGUGUAGCAUUCUGUAUAGGAACCAUGCUAUAUAAAUAAAAUGUAAGAAUUUGUGGUCA